AUGGCGUCUUUAGACGAAACGACCCGCGAAAGGGAACCUCUUCUCUCCGGAGGUUUAGCACAGAACAGGGCCUUCAGCCGCUCUCCGCCACGGCCCCAUAAUGCCAUUGAGACACGGCGCCGGACGUCCGAUCCGGGCAAGCCGGCGUCAAUAUCCGCGGAUAUCCGGCGAUCAACCAAUACAUUGGCCCAAAUCGCCGCAGCCAUGUUCUCAUUUAUAGUGCUGGGCAUGCUUGUCUCAACGCUCGGGGUCAUGGUCCCCCAGUUCGAGGCGUACUACCACCUCACCGACCUCCGCGUCUCCUCCAUCUUCCUCGUCUGGCCCUCCGGGUACGUGGUAGCUUCGUACCUCAACGGCGCGAUCCACUCGCGGUUCGGCAGGCGCGGCGUCGCUGCCGUCGGGCCCCUGUUCCACGUCGUGAUGGCCGCGGCCGCGGCGCUGCACCCCCCGUUCCCGGUGCUGCUUGUCGCGAUGGCGGUCGGCUCGCUCGGGACGGGCGUCUUGGACGGCUCGUUCUGCGCCUGGGCUGGGGGUAUGCGGAACGCGAAUGUGGUGCAGGGGUUCUUGCACGGCUCGUACUCGGCGGGCGCGGCCGUGGGGCCGUUUCUCGCUGGGACUAUGCUUGAGGUUGGGCGGCUGCCGUGGUAUGCUUGGUAUUAUGUUCUCCUAGGCGCCUCCGUCCUCGAGGCCGUAGCACUCCUCCUCGCCUUCCGCUUCGAGGACGCAGCUUCGUACCGGUCCACGCACACCCAAGACCCAGACCAAGACCCUCUCCUUUCCCCAGCUUCAGCCCAGGACCCCACCUCUACCUCCGUCUCCCCGAGCUCCAAAACCGCCAUCUUCAAACACACCGCGACCUGGAUCUGCGCGCUGUACUUCCUCGCCUGCGUCGGCACCGAGAACGCCAUCUCGGGCUGGAUCGUCGUCUUCAUGACGCGCGGCGGCCGCUCCUCGCCUUACCUCGCCAGCCUCACCUCCUCGCUGUUCUGGGUCGGCCAGGCCGCGGGCCGCGUCGUGCUCGGCGCCCUCGCGAAUGAUCGCCUUGGUGUGCGACGAGCUACUACCGUGUACCUGCUCGCGGCGCUGGUUUUCGAGGCGCUGUUCGUUGCUAGUGUUCGAUUUAUUGGUGGUAUUCCUGCUUUCGCGGCUGCUGCGAUCGCGCUCUUGGGGUUUUGUCUCGGUCCGCUGUUCCCGUCGGGCGUGUAUGUGUUGGCGCGUCUGCUGCCGCGCGAGAUGCACGUCGGUGCUGUUUCGUUCGUGGUUUUGGUCGGGCAGGUCGGAGGCGCGGUCUUGCCGUUUGCGCUCGGGGCGUUGGUCGAGGGUUUGGGGAUCCAGGUUUUUCAGGUCGUGGUUUUUGUGCUGAUACUUGCGACGCUGGGGAUUUGGCUGGCGUUUCCGAGAUUGCCGGCGGCGGACGCGGGAUGUGGUGAUCGUGGUUCGGGGAGGGGACAGUUAGGUAGAUGA